AGUAACCACGCGCCCCUCUUCAUGCACGCGCCUUCUUCCAGCCAAAAGAAUGAAAUUAAAUAAACGCUAAAACGUCACAAGAAAAAGAAAAACUCGAUCGAAGAAAGAACCGAACCAACCGAGUCUUGAACAUCAAUUGACUGAAGAAGAAAGACAGAAAUCACCUCUUCUGCCCAUCGUUUCUCCGAUAACCGAUUCUUUGCUUCCCUUUUCUCCUCGCCAUGGUCCUCUCCCCGUCUCCGCCGCCGUCAAGGGGUGCGGAACAAGCAGAGCCGCCACCGCCGUUUCAAGACGAACUCCGCCUCCCGAUUAUACUGGCCGAGCGGGUUCUCGCCGCGGUAGACGAGGCGGAUUCCUUCAAGUCGGAGUGCAGCGCCGUCGGGAAGCAGGCCGAUUACAUCGUCGACAAGCUCCGUUCGCUGGUCCGUUUCGUCAGCAGCCCCGGUCAGGCGGUGUACGAGCGGCCCGUGCGGCGGAUUUCCGCGGAGGUCGCGAAGAAUCUCGACCGGGCGCUAGCCCUAGUACGGAGGUGCAGGCGGCGGAAUAUUUUCCACCGCGUGGUGACGAUGAUCUCCGCCGCAGACUUCCGGAAGGCGCUGGUCCAUCUGGAAGCUUCCGCUGGGGACGUGACGUGGCUGUGGAGCAUGCUGGAGUCGCACGGAAACGCCAUGGCGCUCCCGCCCAUCGCCAGCAACGACCCAAUCGUCGCCUGGGUGUGGGUCGGGAUCACUUCGAUUUACAUGGCUCCCAUGGCGGAGAAAAUCGAAGCGGCGAAUCAAUUGGCUUCGUUAGCCAAAGACAACGACAGAAACAAGCAGAUUAUAGUGGAGGAAGGCGGCGUGCCGCCCUUCUUGAAACUAAUUAAGGAGAAAGAUUCCCCCGAGGCCCAAAUCGCCGCUGCUGUGGCACUGUUCUACUUGUGCAACGACGGGGACAGAGUGAGAGCGAUUUCGGAAGAAUCCACAGCCGGAGUCCAGACAAUCGUCAAAGUUCUUGCCGAUUCUCCUAUGAGGGUUCAGAUUUGGGUGGCGAGAUUGGUGGCCGUGAUGGCAGAGAACGAUUCCGGCGCUCAGGACUACUUCGCCAGAGAGAACGUAAUCCGCCCCUUGGUGACUUUACUAUCAUUCGAGACAUUCUCUGAUGACCAAUUCGGUGGUCAAAUGGGUAAGCAAUCAAUUCAUUCUCUAGUCCAGAUGAAUAAGGAAAUGGAGAAAGUGGGAGAGACAAAGAUGAGAAGCAACAAUAAGGAGAAAGACAGGGAUAGUGUGCAAUAUCGGCCAUUUGCUAGUUCAUUUUCAAGCUUCCAUUCCGAUGGUGGGGGAGGGAGCAAGGGGGGAGGGACUAGGAAAGAGAGGGAGAAGGAGAGUUGGGAGGUGAAGCAGAAGUUGAAGAUGAGUUGUGCUGAAGCGCUAUGGAUGCUGGCGAAAGGGAGCGUGUCGAAUAGCAAGCGAAUCACCGAGACGAAAGGGCUGCUCUGCUUGGCCAAAUUGGUGGAGAUUGGAGAACCAGAGUUGCAGUUCAACUGUGUGAUGACGAUUAAAGAGAUCACGUUUGCUGCCGAGUCGAAUGCUGAUCUCCGUCGCGCUGCUUUCAAGGCAAAUUCGCCAGCAGCGAAAGCUGUAGUGGAUCAGUUGUUGAGAGUGAUCAAAGGAUCCAGCAGUCCUAAGCUCCUGGUUGCCGCUCUCCAGUCGAUCGGGUCGGUGGCGCGGACUUUCCCAGCGAGGGAGACUCGCGUGAUCGGUCCCCUCGUCAACCAUUUGAACAACAGGAGCCAGGAAGUGGCGGCGGAGGCUGCAAUCGCGCUGGCCAAGUUCACAUGCGAGGAGAAUUUCCUGUGCGAAGCGCAUUCCAAGACGAUGAUCGAGUUCAAUGCCAUUCCUGCCCUGAUGAAGCUGCUGAGAGGGAGCGAGAGGGCGCAGCUCAGAGCGCUGAUCUUGCUGUGCUACCUGGCGGUGAAUGCCGGGAAUCACGAGGCGCUGGAGCCCGCUCGUGUGCUGACGGCGCUGGAAGGAGUGGAUAGAAUGGUGCUGGCUCAGUACCCUGAGUUGAGAGAGUUGGUUGCUAAAGCUGUUUACCAUAUCAAUCUCUACCACCGUGGACCGCAUUCUCAACGGCUGACCUUCGUCAUAUAGCAAGAGUCUUGAAUUAGUUUUCUUCCGACUACUGAGGUUAGAUUUGCAGUAAAAAAAAUGUUACAGGUGUUAGUUGAUGUUCAUAGUUAGUUAGAUGAUUACAGUGGUUUUUUGGAGUUUGAUUUUAGGAACAUAAUACAGAAUGAUAAUGGAGGGGUUGGGAGAAAAGAGUGAGUCCAUUAUAUACGUAUUCAAUUGUAGAGUUUGGUUAGUUGGGACCAUUUGGUUGGUGGCUCAACAAAAGUCGUCCCAACAUUCAUCAAAUUUGUCUGUUUAUCUAAUUUCUGAAAGAUUCAACACGACACAUGGCUACAAAUAAUACGCCCGCAAAUUGCAGAGCUGCGGGGGCCCUUGAAAACGGCCGUCUUUGCAACAAGAGCCAUUACAUUACCAAAGAAACGAUAACAAUUUGG